GUUAAUAUCUCUGAAUCUGAUAGUGGACAGUUUGAAUGGAUAGUAAUUUCUACCCUGUUAUCUGUGAUAGUAAUAUUCGAUAAAUAUUUAUUUUGUAUUUACAAUUAUAGUUACUAACUACCGUUACAAAUAAAUAAAUAAUACCAAUUGGACAAUCAUGACUUCUGCUUUGUAUUUGGAACAUUAUUUAGAUAGUUUAGAACAUUUACCUAUUGAGCUACAGAGAAAUUUUACAUUGAUGAGGGAUCUCGAUUCUCGAGCACAAGCACUCUUGAAAAGCAUCGAUUCCCAAGCAGAUGAAUAUCUGAAAAAUCAAAAUUCAUAUGCUGCUGAUGAGAAGAAAGAACGAUUAGAUAAAAUUCAGAGUUUAUUUAAUAAAUCUAAGGAAUAUGGUGAUGAUAAAGUACAGUUAGCAAUUCAGACAUAUGAAUUAGUUGAUAAACAUAUAAGGAGAUUGGAUAGUGACUUGGCUAGAUUCGAAUCUGAAAUUCAAGACAAAGCUUUAAGUUCAAGAAAUGAUGAACAAGCUGUUGGCAAAAAAGGUAGAAAAAAGGUUAAAGAUAAAACUGACAAGAAGAAGAGGUCUGGUAAUUCAAGUGGAGAAGAUUCUGCAAGUACUGUUCGAGGGAGCAAAAAGAAGAAACAGAAAGUUUCAGGAAAUACCACCAAUGGUACAAGCAGCACAGGUAGUGGAGCGAAAGCUACUUCAGUUUUGGAUGCGGUUGCGGGGUUGCCAGGCUUGGCUGGAAUAGCUCAUCCUAGUGAUGUACUUGAUAUGCCUGUUGAUCCAAAUGAACCCACCUAUUGUUUAUGUCAUCAAGUGUCUUAUGGAGAAAUGAUAGGUUGCGAUAAUCCAGAUUGCCCUAUCGAAUGGUUUCAUUUUGCUUGCGUUGGUCUGACCACAAAACCUAAAGGCAAAUGGUUUUGCCCGAAAUGCAAUACAGAUCGUAAGAAGAAGUAGAAUUCAUUUGUUAUUCCUCAAUUGAUACAGAUUUUUUUUGUAAAUAUAUAUUUAUCAAUUUUGGUAUAAAUAAUUUGUUGUAUAAAUUUUUUUUAUGUAUUUAUAUAUAUAAAUAAUAUCUGUCUGUUUUUAUUGUACUCAUAGAACAAUUUUUUUAAGGAAUACAUGAUUCAAAAUCAAA